ACUGGUCUGUGUCGCAUCAUGUGCGCGUGAUGUGCUAAUGCUGAGGUCAUGCACCUGUUUAAUGCACAAAUGACUCAGGUUUGAACUAGUGCGUCUUACAGCAGCGUUACACUCGCUCUGAGCGGCCUGAACUCUACAUUAUAAAGUCAGAAUUAUCUUGUUUUUGUUUUGAGCUGCAUUUAGACGCUCUAAUGGAUUUCCGCAGGCAGAGAGUGAAAUAUCGUCGUCAUGUCGCUUAUGGAGAGGCUGGAGCUCACAGGGCCUUUGGGCUCAAACAGCAGGACUUCUGGGAGCACAUCACAGAUGGUUCGGGCACAGGCUGCUCUCCGCUGGUUAGCAGAAUGCUGUUCACUCCAGAGCAGCAGGAUCCUGUGGCUGCCGUGCCCAGCGUAGAUGAGCUCAGUCUGGGCCUGUUGUCUCUGAGCCUCCCCUGCUGGAACCAGCAGCCCUGGAGCCGCCCAGAUCCCCAGCGCUCGACCCAGCCCGUGUUGCAGAAUCUCUUUGGUGCUUCACGAGGCGGUGAUUCGGUUCAGCAGCUCUCUUUCCAGGCCCAUGAGUCCGCCGGUGAAGCAGAUCCACUGGAGCGCUUCUCCAGCCUGAUACCGGCGCUGGAGUCUCACUCUCUGCUGCACUCUGGAUCCAGCAGUCCCGUCAACUCCGAGAACAGCGCCAUCUCUUCAGGAUCAGACCACCUGGUCUCUCUCAGAGUUUCGACCCCGUCGCCCCUGGUGCUGCCUGAACUGCAGGCGGAGGGCGUGAAACUGGACACAGUUGGUCGUUUGGAGCGGAAUCCCUUGAACACCUUCACGAACGCUCCUAGCGCUCAGGCUGAAGGAUCAGUGGUUGGGUGCUGGUCCACAGGUCCAAUCUGGCCCGGCUGGGACACUCUGGGCUUGAACAAACCCUCGUUCUGCAUUGAGAGAGAAGCCAAACUUCACAAACAAGCUGCAGCCGUGAAUGACGCCACUUACACCUGGGAAGGGCGACUUCCUCCACGCCACUACAAAAACCCUGUUUACUCCUGUAAAGUGUUCCUGGGAGGUGUGCCGUGGGACAUCACAGAGGCGAGUCUGUUGAACACAUUUAGUGUGUUUGGCCCAUUGAAAGUUGAAUGGCCUGGUAAAGAUGGUAAACACCCACGCUGUCCUCCGCAAGGUUACGUGUACCUGCUGUUUGACUGGGAGAAGUCAGUGAAGAUGCUCCUGCAGGCCUGUACUCAACACCGCCCGCAGUCUGACGAUUAUCUCGAGUUCUUCUACAAACUGUCCAGCAGGCGGAUCCACAGCAAAGAUGUGCAGGUCAUCCCGUGGGUGAUCUCAGACAGCAAUUUCGUCCGUUGUCCCUCCCAGCGUCUCUGCCGCAAUAGGACCGUGUUCGUGGGCGCUCUGCACGGGAUGUUAAACGCAGAAGGUCUGGCCCACAUCAUGGACGAUCUCUUCGGAGGGGUCACCUACGCAGGCAUCGACACAGACAAGCACAAAUAUCCCAUAGGUUCUGGCAGAGUGACAUUCAGGAGCCAGAGGAGCUACUUGAAGGCUGUGACUGCAGCAUUUGUGCAGAUUAAAACCUGCAAGUUUACCAAGAAGGUCCAGAUUGACCCGUAUCUGGAUGACUCCAUGUGCCAAAUAUGUAACAGUCAGCCCGGCCCGUUCUUCUGUAGGGCCCAGGCAUGUUUUAAAUACCACUGUCGGUCAUGCUGGCAUUGGCGGCACUCUCUGGACGUGUUGAGCAGCCAUCAGCCUCUCAUGCGCAACCAGAAGGGCCUGAACCCCAACUAAACCCAGCGUCACCGGCGCGGGGAAGAGUCCGGACUGAGUUCACUGUUAGAAACAAGGGCGACUCACUUGAGGAAGUUAUUGCGUUGUAUUGCACUGCUCUCGUUCAUUAAGGCUCUAUGCACACUAAAGGGUUCGUUGAUGCUGAGCCAUUUGCACAGUUAACCAGACAGCCAUGGCCACUGAGAUCUGUUUUUAAGAGUUGUAUUAAAUUUUGCAUGAACAGAA